UUCUGAAACAUGGCAAAGUUUUGAUCAUUUUGAAAAGGUUUUAGAGCUUGAAUUGAAACAAUUUGAUUUCUGUUUGAAACCUUGUGAUUCAUUUGCUAGAACUGAAGAAAGGAGUUUUGUUACGAACUUCCAUGUGCAUAAACUGAUCCUUGAUAAUUCUUUUGUUUCUGCUUAUGUAUUGAAUGAACCUAAGAAGUUGCAGGAACCGAAAUUGCAUCAAUCUGAUUUUAGAUUUAAAUUUGUGAAAUCUGCAAAGUUCUCUGAGUUUGAGCUUGAUUGUUUGUGUGCUAAAAAUGAUUCUAAACGUGUAGGGUUGUUCUUUGAGGAUAUUCUAGUGUAUAACACUUUCUUUGAUAAACCUGUUGCACAAUUGAAACUAGAGUUCACUGAUUCUGAAUGUAUGAACUUAAUCCUUGAUGAUAUUUGGGUCUGCAAUAUUUUUGUUGAUAUGCAUAAUAAAUGGAGGAAUCAUGCUGUUUUGUGCUUUGGAGACAUUCUGGUCUACAACACUUUCUUUGACAUGAUAACACACUUGACUUGUCCAAAACAAGCUGAAAAAGGUACAGGUGAAGAAAGGGGCUAUAAUGAUCAGAGUAUCCAUGAUGAGUCCUUGGCUAAAUUGGAGAUGCAACAAUCAAAUCUUGGAAACUGUCUAGCCGCCAGGUUUAACAUAGGAGCAGUCCGAGGAUCACAUCUCAGCAACCAGAAGGAAUUAAGCAACAAACUCAACUGCAAUGGAAACUACACUCAUCAGGGUCUCACGUCGAACUGGAAUCAUGUCCAAAGCUUCUCAAAUGAAAGAGUUAUGGGUUCUACAAGACGGGUGAUUCUGUGUUUGCUUUGUUUGAAUUUUUCUGAGUAUAGAACAUCUCAAUCCUAUAUAUGGCGACCAGGUGAGCAUGCUAAGGUAACCAAUCAUGUUUUCAAGAGUUCCUUUAUUGAUUACACAGAUAUGAUGCACUUGUUUUUGUCAAAAGAGUCAUGUGCAGAUUAUAUGGAAGCUUUGAAGCAUGCAAAGACAAAGAACAAGCGUGAGGAAGACAAACGUUUCAAGCCGCCUGAUCUAAGCCAGGAGAGACAUCAGGACGUCACUUGCUUCAUCCUCAUCAAAGAAGCACCUCCAGAUGCAACAUACAAGCCAAAACCGAGAAAAUAUAACUUUGGGAUAAGAAUCUUACUCUAUGAUGAUUUUGCUUGUGUUAACUUGUCUUGUUUCAAAGUAUCAGGUUUAAGUAAUGCCUCAGGAGUGAGGAAAGCCAAAUGGAUCAGUCCCUUCUACCUAAUAGAACCAGUCAGCGACAAUGCCUAUCAAAGAGGCUUGCAAGGUAACACAGAUUUGAGGACAAAUCUUUUUGAAGUGGGAGGGGAUGAUGUGAUCAUGGAAAGCACCAAGGAAUGGAAUCAUGAACCUGAUCAUGGAGAACUUGUAGCUGUGGAAGAACCUACACUUGAAGAAUGUUUGAGCCAAAAUAAAGCUUCUAUCAUCAGAGACAACUUGAUCUACAUUCAAGCUACUCUACACUCAAGCUGAUCAUCAUCUAGGCAAGUAGCUUGUGUGUACUCUUUUUCCCUUGAUUGGUUUUGUCCCACUGGGUUUUCCAAUCA